AUGGGCUGCUGCAAGAAGGGAUGCUGCUCACCCAAAGUGCAGGCCAUUGUGGGGCUGUGCGCAGCACCACUAAACCUCACAAUCCUGAUCUGGGGGAUCACGGAGAAAGUGCGAUGGACGCCCUUCUACGUGCCAAUGGAGUGCACCACGCCGCCCCCUGAUGGCUUGAGGCUAUCAGGCCUGAGCAUGCCGUCCCCGCUCGCAGAGGGAAGGGGGCUGCUGCCCGGGUCUCCCCCCUACGGCCUUUAUGUGAACAAGACGGUCACCACUGCUUGCACCAACCCAGGCCAGGCGAAGAUGACCACCUUGGCUGCAGGUUUCGAGGUUGUCGAGCUGGCUCCGAACGCCACGGACAUGGCCAGCGGUGGCGUCGGCUUGCCGUACUCGCAGAGUGGCACAUCGCGCUUGGCUGGCGAUGCGGUCUACCCCAUCGGUGGCCGGGGCGAGAUGGUGAUGGAGGUGGCGACAGCAAGGGUCUUGGACGACGUUCUAGCAGUCCUGGCUCCGGAAGCCACGGCACGCGGCUACUCCGUCACCUACAGUCGCAUGACCCAGACGGUGCAGACGUGCGCUUCGGUCAUGGGCAUGGAGUCCUGCAACGACCAGGUGUCUGAGCAGUUUUGUGGCUCCUACGAAGGCGACUGUCUGGUGCCAAAGCUGGACUCCUCUGGGGCUCCCCUGGUGCCAGAGCAGCUGGAGUCCGCCAUCUGCCCAUACACCGGGAAGCUCUGUGGCAACGAGGCCGAGGUCCAUGCCCAGUUGAACGCGGCUGCCAUGGGGAUCCAGGUGGUGAGCCGGCCGGAAUGCGCGCCGUCGCUUGGCCUUCCCAAUGGCACGCUGUGCAACGUCAUCGAGGCGCCAGGCCUGGACUCGGCCACGAAGCGGCCCCGUGCCAUCGAGACCGCCAUGUCGCUGACCACGGAGGCCGAGGCCCGGAUGACCGAGGCUCUUGCUGCGGCGGAGUCGGCCGUGACCACGAUGAUUUGGAUCACGAUCGUUUGCAACUCCAUUUUCUUCCUGCUCAACCUGUCCUCCGGCCUCUUCAACCUCCGGAAGCACUUGAGGGCGAAUGCUCCAAAGGCCUCGAGCCAAGGAGCUGCUCCACCAACCUUAGCCACGAAUGCUUUCGACACGAAGCCGUAG